CAGAAGUAUUUCAAUAUCUAGUGUUCUUUGAAACUUUAUUUUAAAACCGAAUUCUAGUUGUAGUUGUGUAGUUUGCUACAACUAAUAAAACGUCAAAAUGUUUUGGGGACUGAUUAUGGAACCGAACAAACGGUACACCCAAGUGGUGGAGAAGCCGUUCCACAUCUCACAGGCAGCUAUGGACAUCAGCACUGGAGACAAUGAUCCCUGCCAAGUUAUGGUAGUGGUUGACGGCAAGAACUUCCUUGUGUGCACAUUGCAGAAGGGCAAGAUUAUUCAGGUUCCCUUGGACUUAUAUUUCAAAUCAGGAGACUCAGUUUCAUUCUUGACAAAUGGUAAAUGCAAUGUUCAUUUGACUGGCUACCUUGAUCCUGAGUUUGAGAUGGACUUGGAGGAUGAAGAAGGUGAAGAAGAAGAAGAAGAAGAGGAGGCUCCACCUCUUGUGCCAGCUAAAAAUAAGAGGAAACUUGAGAAUGCCAAUGAUGCCACAGCUAACAAAAAGGCUAAGCCUGACAAGAAAGCUGGCAAGAAUAGCGCACCAGCAGCUGAAAGUGAUUCAGAUGAUGAUGAUGAAGACCAGCUUCAAAAGUUCCUUGACGGAGAAGAUAUUGACACUGAUGAAAAUGAUGAAUCAUUCAAAAUGAACACAUCUGCUGAGGGAGAUGACAGUGAUGAAGAGGAUGAUGAUGAUGAAGAAGAAGAGGAAGAGGAUGAAGAUGAGGACGACGAUGAUGAAGAAGAAGCUGAAGAAGCGCCUAAGAAGAAGAAGAAGCAGCCAGCUGCAGAGCAGGACUCCACACUGGACACAAGCAAGGAGUCUGUGGACAUGUCCAAACUGUCCAAGUCACAGAAGAGAAGGCUCAAGAAGAAGCUCCAGCAACAAGCUAAACAACAACCUCAGGUCAAUGGUGUUGAUAAGCCUAAGAAAGAGGAACCUCAACAGAAGGCUGAAAAGAAGAAGCCUGAGGCCAAGAAAGAGGAGGCUCCAGUAGAGAAGAAAGAAAAGAAGCAAAUUGCUGGUGGUGUCUCUAUUGAAGACUUGAAGGUUGGAACUGGACCUGUUGCUAAAGCCGGCAAAGUUGUCAUGGUUUACUAUGAAGGUCGCCUUAAACAAAACAACAAGAUGUUCGACAACUGUGUGAAAGGACCCGGCUUCAAGUUCCGACUGGGAUCCAAGGAGGUCAUUUCUGGAUGGGAUGUAGGUAUUGCUGGCAUGAAAGUUGGAGGCAAGAGGAAGAUUGUGUGCCCACCGGCCAUGGCAUAUGGAGCUAAAGGAUCACCACCAGUCAUCCCACCAAACUCAACUUUAGUAUUUGAAGUUGAACUGAAGAAUGUGAAAUAAGUCAAAUGUUGAUGAAUGUGCCAGAAUGUGGAGAACUUGUUGAUUUGGUUUAAUUGAAUGUUUAUUGAAAGGUUGACAUUGAAUGCAUGUUUGUUAAAACAG